GCCGGCCAGUAGAUCACAGAAAUGUGCAGAGCGGUCGGGUGGAGCUCGGAGGCUAACCGAGCUAACAGCUGUGGAUUAUAUUUGUACUUUAUUUGAUAUUGAUCUGAUAUUUCUAUGAUGUUUAUAUGAUAUUUUGAGUUAGAGGACCGGGAGCAGCAGACAUUUAGACCCCAUAAUAUAUAGCAUAAUAUAUAAAUACAUAUAUGUGUAUGUAUGAUAUAUUAUAACAUAAUACUGGAAUGAACGGAGCGGAGCAUAUAGGUUAGUAGACAGUAUUAUUAUAGACUUCUAUAGUAUAUACAAGGAUACAGUAUUAUUAAAGAGUACUAUAGUAUACGAGUACCCAGUAUUAUUACAGAGUUCUAUAGUAUGUAUACAAGUACACAGUAUUAUUGCAGAAUACUAUAGUAUAUAUACAAGUGUACAGUAUUUUAUUGAGUACUAGUAUAUAUGCAAGUAGUAUUCAGUAUUAUUAGAGUACUAAUAGUAUACUAUAGUAUAUUGAGGAUAGAUUUAUAUAGGAUAGUAUAGUACUAUAGUAUGUACGAUUGUAUAUAUUAUAGAGUUCUAUAGUGUAUAUUAUCGAUUACUGUAGUAUAUAGAGUACUAUAGUAUACAGUAUAGAGUACUGGUAGCAUAUAUUGAGGGUAGCAGACUGGAAGAGACCCAUGAGGACAGGAGACCUCGAUAUGGCGAGCGAACCGAUCAUCCUCAAUGUGUAUGACAUGUACUGGAUCAAUGAGUUCACUUCCUCCCUCGGUAUCGGUGUCUUCCACUCUGGGAUCGAGGUCUACGGCCGAGAGUUUGCCUAUGGCGGUCAUCCCUACCCGUUCUCGGGGGUGUUUGAGAUUACUCCGGGAGACGCAACAGAGCUCGGUGAUACCUUCAAAUUCAAGGAUGCUAUGGUCCUGGGCCGGACUGACUUCAGGGAGGAAGACGUGGAGCGGAUCGUGGAGGAGAUGGGGAAGGAGUAUAAAGGCAACUCAUACCAUCUGAUGCACAAGAACUGUAACCACUUCUCCUCGGCCCUCUCUGAGGUGCUGUGCGGGCGCGAGGCUCCUGGCUGGGUCAACCGGCUGGCCUACUUCAGCUCCUGCGUCCCGUUCCUCCAGGGCUGCUUGCCGCGGGACUGGCUGACCCCCGCAGCCCUGCAGACCAGCCUCCGCCACGGGCUGGAGCAGGGCCAGGACGCCGCCGCAUCGCUGGCCUCCCCCACCUCCCCCACCUCCCCCACCUCCCUGGCCUCCAUCUCCCCCGCCUCCCGUCACUCUCUCUCCCCCCCCUCCCCGGCCUCUGUCUCCCCGGCCUCCCUGGCAUCCGUCUCCCCCGCCUCACGUCCGCCCGUGCCCCGAGAGAGCCGCCCCCCCUCCCGCCACCAGCCCCGUCGGUAGUCCUGUGAGGACCACCCCCAGAUGUCAGAGGGUCUUCCACCGAGAGCCACAAACCUGCUGGUGCCUCAGGUCAACUCCACGGACACUACAGUAACCUACCAGCAUGUGGACCGACAUGUGGGCUAACAUGUGGGCCAACCAGUGGACCAACAUGUGGGCCAACAUGUGGGCCAACGUGUGGGCCAACGUGUGGGCCAACAUGUGGGCCAACGUGUGGGCCAACAUGUGGGCCAACAUGUGGACCAACAUGUGGACCAACAUGUGAACCAGACCAACAUAUGGACCAACAUGUUGACUAACAUGUGGUCCAUCAUGUGGACUGACAUGUGGCCCAACAUGUGGAACAACAUGUGGACUACCAUGUGGACCAACAUGUGAACCAACAUGUGUACCAGACCAAAAUGUGGACCAACAUGUGGAGCACCAUGUGGACCAACAUGUGAACGAACAUGUGGACCAGACCAACAUGUGGACCAACAUGUUGACUAACAUGUGGAACAACAUGUGGAACAACAUGAGGACUAACAUGUGGACCAACAUGAGGACCAGACCAACAUGUGGACUAAAAUGAGGACUAACAUGUGGACCAACAUGAGGACUAACAUGUGGACCAACAUGAGGACCAGACCAACAUGUGGACUAACAUGUGGACCAACAUGUGGACCAACAUGAGGACUAACAUGUGGACCAACAUGAGGACCAGACCAGCAUUUGGACCAACAUGAAGACCGACAAGUGGACCAACAUUAGGAGCAGACCAACAUCUAGGCUAACAUGUGGACCAACAUGUGGACCAACAUGAGGAGCAGACCAACAUGAGGGGCCGACCAACAUCUAGACCAACGUGUGGACCUAUAUGUGGACAAACAUGUAGAUUAACAUGUGGACCAACAUGUGGCUCAGUGUUCUCCUGAUCUCUAAGUGCCUGACCGUAACCCUAAGCCUGUCAACAUUACUGAAGGACAGAAAUGUUUCGGUUGGGUCUCCUUCCACACACUGCUGCCCUGCUCAAGGGCUUUCCAACAGGCCUUAGCAGCUCCUCUGUGAGGUCCUCCUGUGACCUCCUCCUCCUCUGUGAGGUCCUCCUCCACUGUGAGGUCCUCCUGUGAGGUCCCCUUGUGAGGUCCUCUUGUGAGCUCCACCUCCUCCUGUGAGGUCCUCUUGUGAGCUCCACCUCCUCCUGUGAGGUCCUCUUGUGAGGUCCUCUUGUGAGCUCCACCUCCUCCUGUGAGGUCCUCUUGUGAGGUCCUCUUGUGAGGUCCUCUUGUGAGCUCCACCUCCUCCUGUGAGCUCCUCCUCCACUGUGAGCUCCUCCUCCACUGUGAGCUCCUCCUCCUCCUGUGAGCUCCUCCCCCACUGUGAGCUCCUCCUCCACUGUGAGCUCCUCCUCCUCCUGUGAGCUCCUCCUCCUCCUGUGAGCUCCUCCUGUGAGCUCCUCCUCCUCCACUGUGAGCUCCUCCUCCUCCUGUGAGCUCCUCCUGUGAGCUCCUCCUCUACUGUGAGCUCCUCCUGUGAGCUCCUCCUCCUCCUGUGAGCUCCUCCUCCUCUGUCAGGUCCUCCUGUGAGCUCCUCCUCCACUGUGUGCUCCACCUUGUGUUCUCUCUCAACAGAUCCUUCCUUCACUGUUGCCGUGAUUUGAAACAACCUUUAGCAUUUUUUUAUAAGAUGACCUUUUACAUUUUUGGAAGGUUUCUCGUGAACCUUCCACACCGCUCCCCUGGUACCCUACCCCUGGUACCCUAACUCUUCGUCCCCUAACCCUGGUACCCUAACCCUGGUACCCCUGCCCUGGUCCCCUAACCCUGGUCCCCUAACCCUGGUCCCCUAGCCCUGGUACCCUAGCCCUGGUACCCUAACCCUGGUACCCUAACCCUGGUACCCUAACCCUGGUACCCUAACCCUGGUAGCCCCCCGGUACCCUAACCCUGGUACCCUAACCCUGGUCCCCUAACCCUGGUACCCCAGCCCUGGUCCCCUAACCCUGGUACCCCAGCCCUGGUCCCCUAACCCUGGUACCCUAACCCUGGUCCCCUAGCCCUGGUCCCCUAACCCUGGUCCCCUAACCCUGGUCCCCUAACCCUGGUACCCUAACCCUGGUCCCCUAACCCUGCUACCCUAACCCUGGUAGCCUAACCCUGCUACCCUAACCCUGGUAGCCUAACCCUGCUACCCUAACCCUGGUAGCCCCGUGGUAACCCAACACUCCAAUACUCGCUUCCCUACUGCCCCCCACUCCCCUACUCUCUCCCCUACUCACUCCCUACUCACUCCCUUACUCACUCCCUUACUCACUCCACUACUCACUCCACUACUCACUCCCUUACUCACUCCACUACUCACUCCCUUACUCACUCCCCUACUCACUCCCCUACUCUGUUCAUUUCUCAGGGCAGCUUAUUGAACAUGUAUGUAAGAAUGUAAUGUUUAUAAUAAUACAACAUGUGGUCGUUGUGAACAUGUGACCUUGAUGCCACAUGGUCGCUGACUCCUUCAAACCUUUGUUUACAGGCCAGGCACUGAUUUUAUAGUUGUUAGUUCUACUAAAAGGUGACCAUGAGAUCCAGCAGCCAUCUCCAUGUUGGCCUCUAGGGUGCCCUGCUGGCCACCGACUGACCUGUCCUCCAGUGUCUGUCUGUCCCGCUGACCGUCUGUCUAGCUCUCAGCCAGAGAGAGGGCUCUCUAAACACUUUGUAAUGAUCAAUACAUUUCAAUAAAUGUGAGGGUAUGUACA